AUGAUUGAAGGACUUAAACAGGAUCAUACUUUACUCUGUGAGCUAGUUCUUGUGUGCUUCUCAGUACUCGAAGAAACUAUAUUGCACCAAUGUGCAAAGACUUGUUCUUCAGCACAAUACAAGCGUUUACACGAUAGCAUAGCAACGUUGAACUUUUCAUACGUUACGCUUCUUUCACUUGAAACAGAUGAAGAGAUGUUGGAGCAUCUAUACAAAUUCAGACAGGAUGCGUCAAAGAUCACCAGUGAGAUAUCAACGCUAUCUGUACCGACAUAUGAUUCUAUGCAGUGGGAACUUAAGCUGGAAACUUUCAACACACUUUUGGACUCCUGUUUAGAAUUUUUACUUCUCUCCUCUCGUCACGUUACAACAUUCAACGAAAGCCCGUAUUCAACUCCAGACGUUGUCGUCAUAGGAUUUGACGAUUACGCUUCUCGGUACACGGAACUUAUAGAUCAAUUAUACAAACUUAAGGAGUCAAUACUAGACUGGCAGGAAGAAGUUUUAAAAGUCCAGAGCUUUGAAGACGCUGAGUAUACAAUUGAUGAUGAAUUCCAGCUUGUGUUUAUGGAUGAUGAGUCUCUUUCCGGUUCCACAUCAACAAUAUCUUGUCUUGAGGUAUUUUAA